CCCUGUCGUCCCCGGACGGGCGCGGACCAGCUCGGCCAGGGCGCCGGCGGCUGGGGAGGGGGCGCUGGCCUCGGGGUCGCGCAUGCGCCGCCGCCAACCUGGGGCUGUCAGUGGAGGGCGAUUGCUGGCUCCGAGGGGAGCCGAUGACCUUCGGGGCCAACGGGCCUCACGCUGAGGCGGCCGUGGGAACGACUCAUCCCUUUUCCAGCCCUGGGGCGGGGCUGGGGUCGGGGUCGGGGCCGGUGGGGGCCCCGCCCCCGUCUCCUGGCCUGCCCCCUUCAUGGGCGGCGAUGAUGGCGGCCCUGUACCCGAGCACGGACCUCUCGGGAGCGUCCUCCUCCUCCCUGCCUUCCUCCCCAUCCUCCUCUUCGUCGCCUAACGAGGUGAUGGCGCUGAAGGAUGUGCGGGAGGUGAAGGAGGAGAACACACUGAAUGAGAAGCUUUUCUUGCUGGCGUGCGACAAGGGUGAUUAUUAUAUGGUUAAAAAGAUUUUGGAGGAAAGCAGUUCAGGUGACUUGAACAUAAAUUGCGUAGAUGUGCUUGGGAGAAAUGCUGUUACCAUAACUAUUGAAAACGAAAACUUGGAUAUACUGCAGCUUCUUUUGGACUACGGUUGUCAGUCUGCAGAUGCACUUUUGGUGGCAAUCGACUCUGAAGUAGUGGGAGCUGUUGAUAUACUACUUAAUCAUCGAUCAAAACGAUCAUCAAGACCAACUGUAGUAAAACUAAUGGAACGAAUUCAGAAUCCUGAGUAUUCAACAACUAUGGAUGUUGCUCCUGUCAUUUUAGCUGCUCAUCGUAACAACUAUGAAAUUCUCACAAUGCUCUUAAAACAGGAUGUAUCUCUACCCAAGCCCCAUGCAGUUGGCUGUGAAUGCACAUUGUGUUCUGCAAAAAACAAAAAGGACAGCCUGCGACAUUCCAGGUUUCGUCUUGAUAUAUAUCGAUGUUUGGCCAGUCCAGCUCUAAUCAUGUUAACAGAGGAAGAUCCAAUUCUGAGAGCAUUUGAACUUAGUGCUGAUUUGAAAGAACUAAGCCUUGUGGAGGUGGAAUUCAGGAAUGAUUAUGAGGAGCUAGCCCGGCAAUGUAAAAUGUUUGCUAAAGAUUUGCUCGCACAAGCCCGAAAUUCACGUGAAUUGGAAGUUAUCCUAAAUCAUACAUCUAAUGAUGAGCCUCUUGAUAAACGAGGAUUACUAGAAGAAAGAAUGAAUUUAAGUCGUCUAAAACUUGCUAUCAAAUAUAACCAAAAAGAGUUUGUCUCCCAGUCUAACUGCCAGCAGUUCCUGAACACUGUUUGGUUUGGACAGAUGUCAGGUUACCGACGUAAGCCCACCUGUAAGAAGAUCAUGACUGUUUUGACAGUAGGCAUCUUUUGGCCAGUUUUGUCACUUUGUUAUUUGAUAGCUCCUAAAUCUCAAUUUGGCAGAAUCAUUCACACACCUUUUAUGAAAUUUAUUAUUCACGGAGCAUCAUAUUUCACAUUCCUACUGUUACUAAAUCUAUAUUCUCUUGUCUACAAUGAGGAUAAAAAAAACACAAUGGGGCCAGCCCUUGAAAGAAUAGACUAUCUUCUUAUACUGUGGAUUAUUGGAAUGAUUUGGUCAGACAUUAAAAGACUUUGGUAUGAAGGGCUGGAAGACUUUUUAGAAGAAUCUCGUAAUCAACUCAGUUUUGUCAUGAAUUCCCUCUAUUUGGCAACCUUUGCCCUCAAAGUGGUUGCUCACAAUAAGUUUCAUGAUUUUGCUGAUCGGAAGGAUUGGGAUGCAUUCCAUCCUACACUGGUGGCAGAAGGGCUUUUUGCAUUUGCAAAUGUUCUGAGUUAUCUUCGUCUCUUUUUUAUGUAUACAACCAGUUCUGUCUUGGGUCCAUUACAGAUUUCAAUGGGACAGAUGUUACAAGAUUUUGGAAAAUUUCUUGGGAUGUUCCUUCUUGUUUUGUUUUCUUUCACAAUUGGACUGACACAACUGUAUGAUAAAGGCUAUACUCCAAAAGAACAGAAGGACUGUGUAGGCAUCUUCUGCGAACAGCAAAGCAAUGAUACCUUCCAUUCGUUCAUUGGCACUUGCUUUGCUUUGUUCUGGUAUAUUUUCUCUUUAGCACAUGUGGCAAUCUUUGUUACAAGAUUUAGCUAUGGAGAAGAAUUGCAAUCCUUUGUUGGAGCCGUUAUUGUUGGUACAUACAACGUCGUGGUUGUGAUCGUGCUUACCAAGCUGCUGGUAGCAAUGCUUCAUAAAAGUUUUCAGUUGAUAGCAAAUCAUGAAGACAAAGAGUGGAAGUUUGCUCGAGCAAAGUUGUGGCUUAGCUACUUUGAGGACAAAUGUACAUUACCCCCACCUUUCAACAUCAUUCCUUCACCAAAGACUAUCUGCUAUAUGAUUAGUAGCCUCAGUAAGUGGAUUUGUUCUCAUACCUCAAAAGGCAAAGUCAAACGGCAGAACAGUUUAAAGGAAUGGAGAAAUUUGAAACAAAAGAGAGAUGAAAACUACCAAAAAGUGAUGUGCUGCUUAGUGCAUCGUUACUUGACUUCCAUGAGACAGAAGAUGCAAAGUACAGAUCAGGCAACUGUGGAAAAUCUAAACGAACUACGCCAAGAUCUGUCAAAAUUCCGAAAUGAAAUAAGGGAUUUACUUGGCUUUCGGACUUCUAAAUAUGCUAUGUUUUAUCCAAGAAAUUAACCAUUUUCUAAAUCAUAUAGAGAGUAAUUUUCAAUAACAUAUCUGAAAGACUGUACUUGCAUAACUUGCAGUUAAAUUAAUGAGAUACAUAUUGAAAUAAAGAAUUACAUAAAAGCCAUUCUUUGAAAUAUUUAUGGGAUAAAUAUAUGUUAUGUAAAGUAUGUAUAUAGAAUUAGUUUUUUAAAACCUUCUGUGAGUGGCUUUUUGCAGGAGCAAAACAGAUUAAGUAGAUAGAUUUUGUUAGCAUGCUGCUUGGUUUUCUUUUUUGGACAGUGCUUUUAAAUCUCUUCUUUUUAUGUUUAAGAGGGUCGAUUAUAAAUGUACACAUUGCCCAGGAGGUUUUGUAAAAUGAAGAUCAGCAAAUGUGGGCUGGUCUCCUUCCAUAGAAUAUGCUUGAGAUAUAGAAGUCAUGGUUUUAAAAAUCUCUGUUUUAGGAGUUCACAUAUAGUUCAGUAUUUAUUGUUUAGGAGUGUAGUUUUAUCUAAAAUAAUAGCCUAUUUUUUUUUUGUUAUAAUUUUAAGUAACAAAGAAAAAACCCUAAUGAAUAUUUGAAUCUAUUUAUGUCCCUACUGAUUUAAAUUCACUUCAGUUUUUGUUAUUAUAUUUACUUUUACAUGGUUAUAAUCACUUUAUAUUUUUAAUUUUGUUUUUUUCACUUAAUAUUUUAUAUAUACAUUUCCAUGUAUUGACAUAGUCCUUGUAUUUAAAUUUUUAUGGAAUUAUAUAGUU